AUGGCAGAGUCCUCCAAGGCGGUUAGUUUAACAAUUGAAGAGGAACAACCUGAAGCAAAGCCCCCUCACCAGGCUAUGUUUCUGGUCUUGACAUACCUUCCUGUGUACGAGCUUGUGCUCCUGUCACAGGUUUGCACAUCACUGAGGGAUGCAGUCAACCAUGACAUAUUACCGUGGUUGAAUGUUACUGUUGAAAGGCCUCUCAAUUGGCGACUCAAUGAUGAGAUUCUAUUGAAAGUCACCUCCAAGGCUAAUGCAAAUCUUGGUUUCCUGCUUUAUCUGAAUGAAACUCUGCGUAUACCAGCAUGCACAGGAAUAACCCCUGAAGGAGUUCUAAGAGCCGUAAAAACACUAUGCAAAAGAAGCAAUUGCUUGAAGACCUUAAGUAUAAAUGGCAUUUACAACGUACAGAAGGAUCAUCUUGACAUGCUUAUGAUGAACCUGGGAAACAAUCAGCCAUUAGAGGAGCAGCAAAAGUGCUUUGAGGUGAGAAUGGUUUAUGAUUGCCCCAGAGAGCACUGCAUGAGGAGGGAUUGGCCACUAGCUCCAUGUAGGGGUUGCAAAUUUUGUAUUCCAAGGUGUGAAAACUGUGGUAGAUGCAUUGAAUCCGGAGAAGUGGAAGAGGGAGCUUGUGAAGAAAUAUUCUGCCUUGAAUGUUGGUUACAGCUACCCAAAUGCAGUUUCUGUAAUAAACCAUACUGUAAGCAACAUACAAAUUGGUGGUGCACUCCUUCGGACUCUUCAUUGAUAUGUAAAGUUUGUGAUGAAAACUCUCACGGAUAUGACAUUUGGUCUAUUCUCAAGUGA